GAAUGUCGUGUGUUGUCAUAGUGGUUGUCGUGCUGUGACAGGUUUUCAGUUGUUGUCCAGGUUUUUACGAGAAAGGAGCAGAAACGCUGAGAUGAUCGUCAACGUCUUCAUCAUCUUCAUCAGCACGGUUUAUCUGAGCUGCCACCAAAGUCUCGGGAGUCCUUCUCAGUGGUCAUAUUUCAACGUGACGCAGCCGGAGUAUCAGACGGUGAACCAGGACGGGUCGGCCUCCAUCAGCUGUGAACACGAUGCACCAGUCCAGUCAUCAUCCAUUUUGGAUGUUCGACUCAACCGUGUGUCAGAGGGCCGAACCUCGAUGCUCUGCCAGAAGGGAAUGGAAGACUGUGAGAACAUCGUCAUGUAUCCACAGUAUCCCAACAAGUGUCUCUUCAUCCUCCUGAACCUCGGGCCUGAGGACAUGGACGCCAAGUACCAGUGUGAGUUCACCGUGAAGAAAGAUGACAUUGAUAAGACCAAGAAGGGAAACCCGACCAGACUGAGGCCAGAGAGGGACUGCGUCACUCCUCCUCCUCCUUCUCCUCCACCUCCUCCUGCUCCUGCUCCUCAGCUCAAUGCCCUCACCUGGAUACUGAUUGGUCUGAUGGCUCUGUUUCUCCUGUACGGCUGCGUCAUCACCUGCAUCUUCAUCAGGCUGAGGGUGACUAACCAAAACCAAAGAAUUGUUCAUGAGAACUCUACCUAUGUGGAAAUGAGGAAAGCUCCUCUGCGUGACCUCUGACCUCUCCACGUCCUUUGGCUCGUGUCCCUUUACCGUCAACAUAAAACAGCGGCUUCCUCCGAGUCGAGCUGAAACACAACAGUCCCAAACUAUCACUUGAUUUGCUACUUGAUCAUGCACUACUGCAGCUAACCUGCAGGAGGCGACAAAGAGAUGUUUUUCUCUGCCGCUGGAGUUCAUCACUGCUUUUACAGAAGAACAAAAUGUAGUAACAUGCUAUUAUUCAUUAUAUUGAAUAUAAAUAUAUGUCCAGCUCUUUUUAAUCUACCGACAGAUGUUUUCAUCUUCAGUAAAUCCCUGCAGCUUAGUUUUUACAACAUCGUUUAAAUAUUCUAAUAUAGUAAAACUGCUACAAAUAAAACAUAGACUCUUAUUGAUUGGAGAAACAGCAGUAAUGAGAUUUUAGCUGAUUAAACAAGCAUGACUGAAUCCCGUCAUUAACAAGUAAAGCAGGUCGUUAUUCUCACGGGGAUUUUGUGAAGCGUUGAGUAAGAACAGAAGAAGAACAGUCUAUGGGUUUAAGAGACAAUCAGGGAGAUUAGAGAUGGGGGAGAUUAGAGAUGGGGGGGGUGGAGCUGCUGUGUUGUGACAGAGUCAUUUUAAUAUGAUGAUGACUUAUUAUCACGAACAGUACAGGUGAAUGUGUUGUGGGCCAAGUUCACACGAGGCGUUCAAUGACUCACAGGAUCAUGAAGGUGUCAUUAGCUCAGGAACAUCUGGAGGAGAUUCAGUUGUUUUCCAUGCCAGCUUCACCAGGCUCAGUUUUAAAUAUGUACUUAUAUAUAUAUAUAUAUAUACAUAUCUCUGUGUAAAAGAAAGAUUCCUCUGGUGGCAAUCUCAAUUUUUCUCCUUGUCCUAUUUCCUGAUUUUUUCUUAUUAUUUAAACUGGUCAUAGUUUCCUGUUUUAUCCCCUUUGCUGCUGGAACAGAACAUUUUCCAAUAUUGAGAUUAAUAAAAGAAAGUCGUAUCUUGUCAUAUUGGUGUGCAUCUUUACAUAUCAUAUCAUAUUGUAUCUUUGUGUAUCGAAUCUUAUUGUAUCUUACAACAUCAUAUAGUAUCUAAUCGUAUCUUAUAACAUUGUAGCUAAUAGUAUCUUGUAUUAUCAAAUCUUAUCUUGGUGAAUCUCAUCUUAUUGUUUCUUAUUGUAUCAUAAAGUAUCUUUGUGUACAAAUCUCCUAGAAUCUUAUAUCGUAUCUUAUCUAAAUUCUACACAUUUGUCCUGAUACUUAAUAAACACAGUUUGAAAGAUGUACACCUUGAAGAUUUAGAUUUAUAUUUCACAAUAAAGAUGAUUUGAUUCUGUUCAUAGCU